CAUAAACAACCCACCGGUUUACUCGUCUGACUAGGAAAGUUCAGAAAGUACAGGUGAGAGGGGGGUGGAAAGUACGUGUUGGAGAACGAUCUUAACAGCUGACUGAAAUAGCGGCUUCCCUCCCUCUAUCCACCUAAACGUGAAGCACUCUGAUUAACUAGGAUUUUCCCAAUUGGAUGCUAGAAAAGAUGUUUGAUAUCAAAGCCUGGGCUGAAUAUAUUGUGGAAUGGGCUGCAAAGGAUCCAUAUGGCUUUCUUACCACUGUGAUCUUGGCCCUUACACCAUUGUUCCUAGCAAGUGCAGUGCUAUCAUGGAAACUGGCAAAAAUGAUUGAGGCCAGGGAGCGGGAGCAAAAGAAGAAACAGAAACGCCAGGAAAAUAUUGCAAAGGCCAAACGAACAAAGAGGGAUUAAGUCUUCCUUGUGCAAAAAAUGUGCUUUUUCGUUGACACAUUCUUGUGCACUUGUAUCUUUGUGUGUUGUUGUCUUCCUCCAACAAUCUUCUUGAACUACGACAAUUCAACCCCUGAAAUUAUUCAUGUUCUGCUUAAACAAUUUGUGUUGCUGUCUCUGUCUAAUCUACAGUGGCAUUUGAUGUGUAUAUUUCAACCAGAUACCACUUUCCAAUGAGUUUACUUUUGUAUGUUUACAUGCCAUACAUUAAAAUUAAUGCACUUGGGGGGUGGGGUUUGGUUUUUUAAAUUGGAACUGCUUUAGCAGUUGUUCAAACAUGUCAAUAUUAAAUUAUAGAAGAAAAAAUUAAAAUGUCUGACUUUCUAAAAAUAUUGCAGUCAUUGGUUUUCUGGACCCUUAGGAACUUUGUUUUAAUACAGCCUUUUUUCUACUGUUAGUUUGUCUUCAUUAUAGUACUCUUUUUUUUUUCCUGGUUUCAACUUAGUCCUGGAAUAGCAGUCCUUGUUUCUGCAGCAGUUGUCAGCUUGGUAUUCUCAGGAGUUUCUUAUUAUAUGAACAGUGUUAGCAUUUCACAUUCACUUGACUAAAUUCUUCAUGAGUGGCUCUCAAAAUCUGCUUCCUGGACAGUCAGUAGUCCACUGAGCCUUUUUUGGAUAGUUCACAGAAGGAAAGUUUUUACAGCAAAGAAGUAGGCAAAUGAUUCAUUUUCACAAUAUCCCAAUGUGAACAGCUCUUGCCUACAAUGUGCUUCACAAAAUGAACGUGGAGCUCCAUUUGGCAAACUAAAUACCAUUCUAGGUUUAGGUGAGGACAACAGUAACUCUGGAGCAGUAGAGGAACUGCCUUGGAUAUUACCAGCUUUGAAAGGAUGGCUUAAUGAAAAGAAACAAAAGUCACAUGUGGUUCUAGUGUUGUAAAAGUUGCAAAGUAAAUUGGAGCUAAGGCUAACAUUUAAUUUAUUCAGAUUUUUCUGUCCAAAGAAUAAUAGUAAAAGUGAAAAAUGUGUAGUUUAAUAUCAUGCUUUAGCAAAUCUUAAUUUUUAUUACUACUUUAGUUCCAGUGGGUCUGAUCCUGUAGUAGCUAUCAAGUUUUAGGCCCUGUUCCAAUAACAUGUCUCAAUCAGAGCGAAUAGGAUUCUCGUGGCUAGCUCUUCACUUAGUAUGUAAAGGAUAAACACCUAUGAAAGCAGAUGCUCUAUAUUAUUGAAAGGAGGAAGUGAAUAAGAGAUGAUAAAUACCAAUGCUAACAAACAGGAAGUUUUGCUAAAUCAAUAUUAGGGCUUGUCUACAUUGGCAAUUUACAGCACUGCAACUUUCUCGCUCAGGGGUGUGAAAAAACACCCCCCUGAGUGCAGCAAGUUUCAGUACUGUAAAGCACCAGUGUAGACAGUGCAUCAGGGCUGGGAGCUACACCCCUCAUGGAGGUGGCGGGUAGGUUUUUUUUGUUUUUUGGUUUUUAAGAGCUGCGACCACACAAGGCAUGUUAACUGUUGCCAGCGUAGACUAGCCCUUAGUUAAGAGUUGGAUGUGAAACAUUCAGGUGUAACAGUUAGCUUUUUUCUCCGAGUGUUGCUCAAGACAAGUAUUGUUAGAACGUAAAACAUGUUUUAACCUUUUUAUGAUCUGGAUUAAGUCUUCACUGUUUGUCUUGAAUGUGGUUACACCUUGGUAUUUAUACAGUUUUGAUAUUGUUUUAAAAUGGAACAGACUCAAAACUAACUACAUUACCUAAAUAAAUUUGAUACUUUUUUAAAAA